UGGAGCUCGGGUGUGCGUCGUCGCGAUGGAGGACGAGCUCAAGUGUCACGUUUGUAAACAGUUCUUCAACAACCCUGUGCUUCUGCCGUGCUACCACGCUCUGUGUCUCAACUGCGCCGUUCACCUCCAGCAACCCGUCUCCGGAUCGGGGUCCGGCUCCAUCAGCCAGGAGGAGAACUCGGGGUCGUCCACGGACUCCACUCAGGAGGUGGACAAGCUGUCGAUUCUGUCGGAAACUGACUCGGGGGUGGUGUGCAACUCCCGUCCGAACUCGUACGUCGGGACGCCGAGCCUCCACGUGUUCCCGUCCUCGUACUGUCUGCCAUGCCCCCAGUGCGCCAAGCUCGUCUACUUCGACGAAGGCGGCGUCGCCAACCUCCCCAAGUACCGCGCCAUGCAGAACAUCAUCGACAAGUACGGCGAGGCGCGGCGCCUGCCGCUUAAGUGUCAGCUCUGCGAGGGCGACCCGGCCGCCGAUGCCACCGUCCUCUGCGAGCAGUGCGAAAUCUUCUACUGCGACGCCUGCCGGGAGGGCUGCCACCCCAUGCGCGGCCCGCUGGCCAAGCACAACCUCCUCGAGCCGGGGGCCGGCAAGGCCGUGAUGCGCGUUAAGUCUAAGUGGAAGGAGUCUCAGUGCGCGGAACACGAGGACGAGGCCCUCUCGUUGUAUUGUUUAGUGUGCAAAGUGCCAGUGUGUGCGAGCUGUCUUCAUGAUACCCGGCAUCAUAGCCACGACGUGCAGGCCAUCAACGCCAUGUGCAAAGCUCAAAAGAAAGAGCUGUCGCAGCAUUUGCAGCAGUUGUCUGAAAAGGCGCGCUCAACCACGGAAUUCAUUCAAAGGCUCAAAUCAAUGACUGAAAAAUUAAACGAAAACUGCGUAGAAUUCGAGGCCACUGUCUCAGCCAAAUUUGACAAAUUAGUAGAAGCUAUAGUGAAUAGGAAGAAGCAACUCUUGGAAUAUGUAAGGCAAGACCGAGACGUGAAACAGAGGACGCUCAAGGAUCAAGUGACGUCAUGUACGUGCCGUCUUCAGCACACCACAGCCCUCCUCCAGUUUUGUAUAGAAGCGCUCAAGGAAACGGACUCAGCAGCUUUCCUUCAGGUGGGUUCGAUGCUGAUUGCGCGGGUGGGGAGCACGGACAUGACGUGGCAUAAAGACUCGGUGACGUCACCUCGGCUCUCGCCGCAUCUGGACCUCACUCUCGACGACAAGCCCCUCCUCAAAGCCAUCGAGCAGCUCAAUUUCAUCCAAAUGAAACCUUGCUUUGAUGGAGAAGGAAGGCCUUUGGAAGCUCCUGGGCCACCGACCAUCAUCGCUGAGGAGUGUAGUGCGGAAAACAAUGGUGUGACACUUUCCUGGCAACCUCCACAUUCCUCCUACGUCGAGGGCUACGUUCUCGAACUGGACGACGGAAACGGUGGUGACUUUAGGGAGGUUUAUUGUGGGACAGAAACCGUUUGCACGGUAGAUGGUCUUCAUUUUAACUCAACGUAUAAUGCUCGAGUCAAAGCCUUCAAUAAUACAGGCGAAGGUGAAUACAGUGAUCUCAUUGGUUUACAAACAGCCGAAGUUGCUUGGUUCACCCUGGACCCUUGUCUAAGCCAUCCAGACAUAGCCUUCUCAGCAGAUCAGUGCACAAUUACUUGCGAGGGCUACGAGCACCGAGUAGCAUUGGGAUCGGUAGGAUUUUCGAGAGGCGUCCACUACUGGGAGUUUUCCAUAGACAAGUAUGACUCCGAUACAGAUCCUAGUUUUGGCAUCGCUCGGCUGGACGUUUGCAAACAUCAAAUGCUUGGGAAAGAUGACAAAGGUUGGAGUAUGUACAUAGACAAACAGCGGUCGUGGUUGAUGCAUGACAACGCACAUGGUGGCCGUUGUGAAGGUGGGAUCCAAGCAGGGUCGACAGUUGGAGUUUUAUUGGAUCUCGACAGGCAUCAACUAAGUUUUUAUGUCAAUGAAGAGCUCCAGGGAGGAGUUGCAUUCCAUGAUCUGUUUGGAGUAUUUUAUCCAGCUAUCAGCAUCAACAGAGGUGUCACAGUCACAUUACACACAGCUAUUGAAGCCCCAUCGGAUUCAGAAGAAAUGUAGACUGAUCCAAUGAUACCUACAAUUUUUAACAAGGUGCUGUCCUCAGAACUGAUCCUAAUAAUGAUAGUGAGCUUCGCCCGUCUGAUCAUUAGUGUUUAGCUCUUAUUCGGCUUUCUUCUCUCCUUCUGAAAGUCAAAAACUAUCUCGAGAAGUCUGAUUUUCCCCCCGGGUUGUAUAUUACUAAAUUUCCUGUACUGCAAUUUAAUUUGAUCUUUAUGUACAUUUGUCAAAAUUGAGUUACUACACAAAGGAGAAACCGUGGAGAAAGAAACACUGAAUAUGUGGCCUGAAUCUUGUAAGUAACUGUACGCUGUGUCCACACUAAUCCGCCUUGAAGUCAGAGCGGAAAAAUUCAGAAAUUUGAAUCAGAGUCACAAAAAUAACU